GUUUGAAAGUUUUGUUCUUUGUCUGAUAGUAAAUAACAAGAGUUUUACCAUUGAUAUUUAUUCAUGAUCAAUAGACUACUGCGAAAAACAGAAAACAGGAGUUUUAUGAAAAAAGCUCAACUUCUUAAAGUUGUGGUAAGAUCAGCAAGCCCACCACUUUCAGAAACAACUUCGUGAAUUGUGAAAAUAGUAUUACACGGCUGCAGAGGCAAUGAGCCACACCAGAGGAGGUACUCCUCCGAGAGGGAGGCACUUGAACUCCUAAAGAACUGACUGAAUCGACCAUCUUUCUAUUUCCUGUUGGCCUCAACCUGAGAUACUAGACGAUAAAAAGGAAUAGUGAUUUCAUCAGUAGUUACCAGUGGUUUACGAGAGGAAAGGCGAUGGUGGGGAAGGACGGCAUGAUCAAGCCUCCAAGGACGAAGUCCUACAGUAAAGAAAAGCUUUAUUCCAUCAUUAAAAUCAAGAAAAAGCCGCCGCCACCGCCAAAGGUGGGGGGAGACCGGAGAAACAACGAACCGGAGUAUGAAGAAGUCGGUCCUCCAACUGCUCUCAAGAAGAACCAAGACAAGCGUGGAGAUGGCCAACACUGUGACCUAUGUGGCUCUUCGGAGGCUGCCGUUCGAUGUGACAGAUGCGGCUCCCAAGCCUUCUGCCUCUCGUGCGAUGACAUGUAUCACAGACACCCGAGGAGGAGCUCCCACCUCAGGAAGGCUGUGGACAGUCUAAAUUCUAUGGGUGGAGGUGUAAGACCCCCAUUGCCACCCAAGGGAGAGGGACAAGGGGCACCACCACCUCAGCCUCCUCCCAGAAAAAACAAACGCUCUGGGUUCCUUUCAAAUACUGGUUUCAAUAAAAAAGAACAGAACUAUCAAUACAGUACAGGUUCUGGUCAUGGAUCCUACCGUUCAGCCAGUCUGACCAACUUACAGAAUGGUCCAAACAACGCAGAUGGAGGCUCGCGUUAUUCCUUGGCUCUUCCUGUUCGCAAACCCACGAGUGCAUCAAGUGAAGCUGGUGGGAGCGCUGGUCGAACAAUUAUGGGGAGUUUGAAACGAUUUAUGGGAGCCCGACCCCUUCCUCCAACUCCUGAUCAAGCAAAAAGUGCCUUAAAAAAUGAAAGACCAUCUUCUUCAGCCCAAAAGAUUUUAACAAGAGCAAACACAAGUCCAAGUCUCCCAAAUCUCAGUGAGCCUCUGAGCAAUGAGGACAUACGUGCUGGUCUGCCUCAGUCUGUCUUAGAUAUCAAUCGAACGCGCUUGCCUAACAAUUCCACAUCAACACCUGUAACCCCAGCAUCUGCCCAUGCUCAGUACCCGCCUCUGCAGCCAAAGAUCCAACCGUCCAAUGCCCACACCCAGUCGUUAGGAAGAAAAUUUUCAUUGCAGCAGUUGCCUCAAACAUUUGAUGAUAAAAGGACGUCGAUGGUGGAGGGCACGCCUGGCUCAGUACCUUGGGAUGCAGAAGCCCCAAAACCAGCAGCUCGAACUCGAUCUCAGAGUGUAUCAGAUGAUCAGUGGGCACAAAUGAUGGCAGCCCAAGUGAGUGGAGGGAACACAGACCUCAGUGUUCUGACCUGUCCUCCUGGGCACACUCCUACCGAUAUGUCAGCCUUCGCUGGAGCCACUACCCGCAGGAGCUUCAACACGAUGGGGGGAGGGGCUCGUAGUGCUAGCAGUUUUGGUCGUGGCAUGGUGUCCUCAGCUUCUGUGUGUGAUCUCAACACCUUGGCUCAGCAGCAGACACAGCACGGCUUUAAUAAUUCACAUGGGGCCAAUAGUUUUCAGCAGCUGAAUAUGAUGGGAUACAACAAUGGGAUGAUGUGGGGUGCUCCUUGUGAUUUGUGUCAAGGAGCAGGUAUGUAUCCUGGUCAUCCCACUGCAAGUGGCAUGAAACGCACAGCAUCCAACCUAUCUAUGAACCUCUCCUCUGUUGGUAGUGAUGCAUCUGGUUAUCCUUGGGGACCACCACCUCCGCAUAUGCAUCAUCAUAUGCCUCCUAUGUACCUAGGGUAUUACCCAGGAUAUCACCCUCACAUGGGGCCACCACCUAUGGGGUCAGGAAUGGGCCUUAACAUGUCCAUACCUGACUCCAUGCACACAUUUGGGAAAGUUCCAUCCUCACCCGCCCCCUCACUUCGUUCCUCUUCUCACCGCUCACACAAGUCCUCAAAGUCAAGAUCUUUCAGUGCAGCUGACACAAGUGGACGCAGCAGCAGGGCACGUAAACUUAAGCGUUCUGAGGAAAGUGAAGAGAGCCGGUCAUCUUCUGUUAGUGAAGAUGAUGAUCUUGAUGACAGGGAAAGUAAAUCUGGCCACCAUUCUAGCAGCAUAGCUUGGCAGUGUGAUCACUGUACGUUUAUUAACUCAGGAGGAGCGCGUACUUGUGGUAUGUGUUCUAAAACCGUUGGUAGCAGUGGUCGCAGUAGCAGCAAAAGAGGAAGUGAGCGUAGACGCUCAGAGAGAAGGCGAGACCGACGAACAGAUCAUGAAGAUGAUGAACGAGAUGUAUCUGACUAUGAUAAUGAUGGUGUGGUGAAGAGUAAUUUAUCUUUUAAUAUUAAAGACAGUAAACGUGAUACUCGCACUAAAGUUUCAGGAUCAAGCAAGAGUAAGAGCAAAAAGAAAUCACGUCGGCGUGGUAGCUCUGCAUCUGAUUCAGAAUCGGGCAGUGAGGGAGAAGAGGAGAGGUUGGAGCGACACAUGAAGGACCUCAGACUUUCCUCUUCAUCUUCUCGAAGACGUGGUAGCGACUAUGAAGGGAUCAACCAUAAGGACAAAGACAGAGAGCGGGAAAGAAGUUCUCGCAAGAAAGAAGGAAGUAGUGGCCGUUUCAAGAACUGGGGCAAGAGUCAUUCCGAGAGGUCAAGAACUCCAGGACGACAAACACCAAGACAUGCAAGUCCUGUUGAUGAUCUUGAAUCUGGAGAACUUAGUCCAGAACCUAGUCCACAGGAUAAUGCCCAAGGCCAGGUUCUUAAUACUAAUGAAAAUGAACACAACGGCUCUCCUGACGAAACAAUCAUUGAACCUGAUAAUUCAGAAACCACAAUGAAAAAUGAAGGAAAGUCAAGAUCUGGAAGCAGAGAUAGGAGAUAUGAAAUAAAAAAAGAAAGAGCCCCAACUCCUCCUCCAAGCCCAGUGGAGGAAAAUGUCCAAGAAACAAAUCCUGAGAAUGCAUUAAUACCACAGGGAGUAAAUGGUAACAAGUCUAGGUCUUGCAGUCCUAGGCUGGAAGUCCCAAAAGGUAGAUCACCAGCCCGUUCUGUACGAAAUUCUAAAGGGGAUGCUGAUGAACCAAGUUUUGCUAAUACUUUAGAUGACAUUACAACAAUUGGUACAAAUGAAGUUGCAGACCAAGACUUCAGUCAGUAUAUUGAUGAACAUCCCCAGUUAGAAGAACCCCAUGACGAUGUGCCAGUUUUGGAGUAUAUCAGACCUAAGACUCCUGAAGAAGACGUCGUGGAGGAAGUAAAGACCAUACCAGAUGUACCUGCUCCAGUUCCAACAGUGAAUGGGCAUGUUGACACCAAAGAAAAUGAAAUUGUCAGUAAAGACACAGGACAAACAGUGCAGAAGCCUGAGGUCAUUCCCUACUCUGUAUAUGAACCACGCUAUGAACCUAUAGAGGAACCAGCACAGCUUGAAAUACCUGCUGCUGGAGGGUCAAAUCAAGCUGGAAUACAGACUCAAGCACAAGGUCAAGGCACGCAAGAAGAGGCAGAGGAGAACAAUGAAAUGGGCACAUUGGAAAGAUUUCUGAAGGCACAUGAAGGAAAGCAAGGUUCUCCGUUGAUACUUAGAACCAUUGAUGUAGCAAGAGCUUCAUCAGGGUCCUCCUUAGGACACAGCUCACCCCCAGACCGAGACCGUCAGUACACCCCUCUUAGUUGUUCCUCAUCUGAUGCACAGUUUUAUUCUCCUCCUGACUCUCCAGACUUAUCUCUGAGUGAGCAACUGAAGGAUGUACCUGCAAUCAGCCAGACACAAGCACUCACUCUAAAUCAGGAUGGCAGACCAACCAACAUUAGUCAGACCCUCCGCAGCAGGGAAGACGAGUCAUACCUGGUGACUGCUCUGGAGUCAAUACUGACGACGGCAAAGGCGGCUGAGGACGUCAAAUCCUCCAGGGAAACCAUCAGGUCAUCGAUGGAACAACUUCCCUACUCGGAGGAGGCCUUUGAAGGGGAAAGCACGAAGGAACUGCCACCCCGGCCAGCAAGCGUUGGUGCGGCGCCGCCCUUGGACAACUACGAAAGCUUGAGUUUCCAGGACGCCCUCUCGUCCUCCGGGGCUGCAAAAUUAGCAAGGUCAUCUUCGGCGAAGGAUCUUCUCCUGUCAUCAGCCGUUGUUUACGACAGCACGACCAAAGAGAUGUCUUCCGGCAUCCUCUCGCUUCAGCAGGAGGCUGACCGCCAAGCCCGCGCAGCCGCUUGGUCAAAAGAAGAUUUGAGUGAAAAAUACAUGACCGUGGAGGAAAUCAUCACCAAGCGACGUCAGAAAGUCAUGGAAACUCAAGGGCUGCAGUUGGUACAGGUUCUGAGGGACGCCGAAGAAGCCGGCUACUCAUCGGAGGAGGUGUCGAUUGCCCUAACUCACUGCGGUGACAAGAGCCCGCUCGAGUGGUUGAAGGAGAACUGGAAGCACAUGGUUGACACGGUGCUCACCUUGGCUACCAACUAUGGCCACGAAAGACGGGUCAAUGACAUCGGAUCCAUCUCGGCCCAUGAGGCCUGCAUUGCCCUGAGGAUCCACAAGGGUAACAUCUGGGCAGCUGUCACCGAGUGUGUCGAGCAAAGGCAAAAGAAGUUCAACGAGAUAUACUCCAGGGGCAAGUUCAAGCGGGCUGACGUCGUGAAGGCGCUCGAGAUGCACGACGGCGACGUCGAUGCUGCUUUCCUGGAAGUGAACAAGUCCCAGCUGCAGCCCUUCCUCAUGAAGAUCUGGGGAUCGGGGUCGUCUUCCCCAUCACAGGCAAAGGGGACUCAGCCCCCUGCACCUGCUGUUUCUAGUUCUGUCUCCAACGAAGUAUCAUCGUCUCCCUCACCUUCCAGAAGCACUACGCAGGAGGUGGUUACCACACAAUCCACGCAAACUGAUAAAGAUACAAUUGCAUGGAUAGAUGACGACGACGACGACGAUGACGAUGAUGAUGUGUUCGAAAACGUGUAUGCAAACAUUAAGCCGCUGCGGGAAGAAGCCCAACCGCCACCUGAGCAGCUGUAUGCUAAUGUUAAUAUUGCUUCCAAAAAAAUGAAACUAGUCAAGGAAUCCGUAAGAUCAAAGAAAAUGGCCAAGAAAGCGAACACAAAGCAGGAGCAAGACGAAGACGAAUUAUUCACCGCGAGUGAAACUGCUGGGAUAGAUUCGGACGAGGAUGCGCCCUUCAGCCUUGCCCUUUCAUUCCUUUUCUUAUCGCUCUCUUUACUCACUUGCUUCUUCGGGUGUUUCCUUGCUGCCUUCCCUUUCCUGGUGGUGGUCGCAGACGCUGUCUACUCCGAUGCCGACGGGGACUCAGACCCCGUGGAAGCUUUCUCCGAUCCACAGUCAGGCGAAGGUGAGGAAGUAGACGACGAAGCUCAGAACGACGAUCAAUUUGAAGAACUUCAGUUCGUGAGGAUGGAAGAUGUGGUGGUGCACCCUCUCAAGGCUUUCACUCACUACGCUGACCUUUCUGUAUCAGAGUAUUUUGAGGGGCGCCUUACCCCUUCUACCCCUGGGGAAGAGACCACACCUUAUAAGCCUUCAUCUUUCAUAUCCUCAAAUUAUGAUACUUCUUCAGCUGACAGUCGAGCGAACUCCGACCCAAAGCCACUGCUGGCGCUGAAUGGAAAGUCUACCCCUAGUCCUAAGGCUGCAUCAAAGAAGGCGAGGAAAUACUCGAGCACCCUGCAUGUCAGCCUCUCGACUCAAAACCAGAUCUCCGAACACACCACAGAGAAGGGCCAAGCCUCCAUCGCGCAUCAGAAGCCCUUCCAGGAUCUGUACACCCCCGAUGGGUAUGAAUCGAUUGCGACUCCUUUGGAGGAGAAAGAGCGAUUAGCUGGUAAUCAGCCAGAGAGUAAAUCUGCUCCUGCCUCGGCUAGAAAUUCUUUGUUAUUGGAGGACUACGAAGUCAGUGACGAAGAAGAGUCGGUCAGUAUUACCACUGGAAGACUGAGUCUCUCUCUGAGUGCCGCAAGCAUCAAUGUCAAGUCCGAGGUCAUACAGACUGCCCAGGUCCCAGCUGCUGAACACGAGGAAUUGAAUGCUGCUAAUGAAGAGCAAACAGGUGACGUUGACCAAGAUGCCACAACUGACGAGAAUGUCAAACGUGAUGAAAGCAAAGACAUAGCCGAAAGUAACUUGGAAGCAGAUGCAGAUUCAUCAGCCAAGGGGAAGUCUGAAGACACUGAAGGUGAUGAAGGCAAGCAGAGCCCAGAGCGCCACCUUUUGGAGGAGCCGGGGAUGGCUCAGACACGCACGGGACCCGUAACAGUCCAGAAGGCGUCGGCCAUCGUUGGCAAGGCCAUUGCUAAGGCCAUGGCCAGAGAAACGUCUGCUCGUGAGUCACUAAGUAGAUCAGUUACUCCUGAGGGUCAAGAAAACACUUUAACCACUCCUGAACCCUCCGAAGGGGAGGAGGACACCACUGGCCAAGUGACUGUGUCUGACUCAGAUGACGAGGAUCACCUUCGAACUUUAGACACAAUACCUGAAGAAGAGGAAAUGAGUGAGAGAACCGAAUCCAGAGUCUCACGAUCCGCCUCCAGAAAUCUCUUCUUGCCAUUCAACCCCACGGAUGUCAUACAACUAUCAUCACCCGUGGCCAAAGCCCUGGGUAACCUUACAGGGACUAAAAAGGUUACCGCAAAGGCAAAAUCGAAGGAGUCUCAAUCUAGUACUACUGACAGUGUCCCAGGAACACCCCAUGGAUACUACAAUGCCGCGCAACAAAAUACUUACUACAAUGAGUCUGGUGUCAAGAAUUAUUAUAAUGAAGCUACGGGGAAAAACUACUACAACGAAGCUGGUGCUAAGAUCGAGGGCGUUAUUUCGGAUAAGCACCCUCCCGAUGAUUAUGAGUCGAUGGCUGAGGUUAAGGAGGAGAGUGACGCAGGCGCUCAAGAAAGGGAAAUGACAGCUGAUGCCUCGGUUGCAACAACAAGGGAUGCCAAGGAAGGCGAUGACGAUGAUGAUGAUGAGGAGGAAGUCAUUUAUUAUGAAGAGGUCAUCCUCAAAACGGAUGAGAAGCUCUCAGACGAAAAUAAAAGUGGGACCUCAGGUACACGAAGGAGAAGACGAAGGAGGAGGAAGAGUAGAAGCCAUGGGGGUGCAACUGCAGGAACUUCAAGUCGCGCUGAUGUUGUUGAAUCUCCAUCGGGAGAUGACUUAGCACCAGCUGCGUCUGCUGCCACUCCCUCUCCCACCCCAGCUGCCGUACCUGAACCUUCGAAAGAGAGAUCACCGUCAGCAGACUACAGCACUGUCAGCAAAACUUCGGGCAAAACAUCCAGGUUGUCUGACAACAAAUCUUAUUCUAUCAUUGAAAUGGUGAAGACAACAGAGGGCACUUCGAAAUCAGUAGUCACAAGUUCUUCCGGUGAAUCUGAAGAAGAAGGACCUGAGAAGGCUGAGAUGGUGAGCCAAGAUGACCGGCUUAAAGUACCCAAUCUUUUGGUACAGAUUGAGGGUCUGAAGGCCCGUCACAGCAAAGAACCGGAUUACCAAGAAGUGCGGGAACUGAAAGAACAGAUUCAAAUGAUGAGGAAGCAACUCGAGGCGAAGAUGGAAGAAGACACUGAAGCUCGACCAGAUACUCCAGAAACCCCUCAGGAUGAGGAGCCCCCAAAAGGACCCCUCUUAGUCCUGCAGGGGUCUCCUACAAAUGAACGACCACCUUCAAGGGAAUAUGAACAGUUGAAAUUUGAUCGAACAGUACGACGUUUACUGGCUGAGGGACAAGCAGGAAGUUAUGAGAAAGCAGAGUUGGCGGCCCAGCUUAUGAAUUUCAAUUUCGAUGAGUACGAUUCCAUACAAGCUGCUGAAGAGUGCUCUUCCAUCUACACAGCUAUCCAGUUCUUACAGCAAGAAUGCGAGUUGUGUGCCGAGAAGUAUCCCAUGGGAAAGAUGGUGUCCAUGCUACAGUGCACCCACAGAUGCUGCCGGGAAUGCGCCAAAACCUACUUCACCUUCCAAAUCAAGACCAAGAAUAUACGUGAUCUCAGAUGCCCGUUUUGUAAUGAACCUGAUCUAGAUGCAUGUGAGGAAAUAGCUAAUGAGUACCUGAACAAUAUGGAUAUCUUACUCAAGAACAUCAUUGAUGAAGAGACCCACGAACUGUUCCAAAGAAAACUUAGGGACUGGACACUCAUGAAGGAUCCUAAUUUCCGUUGGUGCAACAAGUGUUCAUCUGGGUUUAUUGCGAAUCCACGUGCAAGGAAGCUCAUAUGUCCAGAUUGCAAAGAUGUUACAUGCGCACACUGCCGUGCAACGUGGGAACCGGCACACGAAGGCAUUUCAUGCGAGGCAUUUGCGCAGUGGAAAGUUGAUAAUGAUUUAGAGGUACAAGCUCAGGGAGUAGCCAAGCAUUUGGCUGAAAAUGGCAUUACUUGUCCAAAGUGCAAAUUCACCUACUCAUUAGCUAAGGGAGGCUGUAUGCAUUUCACAUGCACCCAAUGUAAAUAUGAAUUCUGCUCAGGUUGUGGACAACCAUUCCGCCAAGGUUCCAAAUGCCCCGUCGGACCAUACUGUGAGCGUCUGGGUCUCCAUGCUCAUCACCCACGGAAUUGCCUUUUCUACUUGAGAGAUAAAGAACCCCACCAACUUCAGAACCUACUGAAGGAUGCCGGCAUCAGCUAUGACACAGAGGCUCCCCAGGUGAGGGAUUCUCAUGGACAAAGGGUGCCGUGCCUGGUGCAGGAGCAGAAGGAGCUCCCUGAUGGUCUGAAGGAUGACAUCUGUGGACGAAUUGUACCUGAUGGUUAUGCUGGACUUUGCAAGUUGCACUACACGGAGUACUUGGUUGAGAAGAUUAACACACACAAACUUGAUCCCGUCAGCAUCUUUGACGAGGCCGACUUGCGAGUCUGUCUUCGGAGAAACGGCAAACCUGUCCCCGUCAGACGGUGGGAGUCCGAGAAGUUAUACAGGGACAAACUCAUCAAGCUCAUCAAGGAACACCUUCCGCUUGAUAGUAACGAGCAGUAGUCAAGAUGGCUGGAGUUGAGCUCCCUGAUCGACUCUAGGAGGACAAGAUUAGUCUGUAACCAGUUGAAGAUAAUCUUCUUAGAUAACCAUCAAGGAAGACGUAAUAUCUUGUCUAGUUGGUGCGCUGGGGAUUCUAUGGACAGGGGAAUGUUCCGCCCACACCAGUAGAAAAUGUCUGCCACAAUGAGGAAGAAUUAUAUGUGUAAUAAUAGAAACCUCAGUCAUGGUAAGAGCAGGCACUAUGUGGUCCACUUCGGAAGCCCACACCAAAACAGAAGAAGGUGCAUGCUGCAGAACAGAGGAUGACAGCACUAAGCAAAGGAUCUCUUGAAGAACCCGUGUUUAAUGCAGUCAGAAGGGAAGGGCCACGAUUGCAGAGAGCUGUUCAGAAACAAAGCUUUCUUCAGAGAAGGAGCGCACACUCAAGAGAAGAAGCAAGCACCUACAUCAGGUCUGGAGACGCUGCAGUGCUCGUGAGAGGAGAUACUAGUACUAUAUAAGUAAGGCCUUUUCAUAUCUGAACAACAAAGGGGAUUAAAGGUUAUUUUGUAAAGCAAAAGGCUCGUUCGUUCUAAUGAAGAUAAUGAAUUUAGGGGUCCUUAGAUUUUUUGGAUUACAAGGGUACUUUUUAUUUAAUUCUAUUUGGUAAUGUUUAUUAUGUAUGGAAUGUGUAUUUACCCGAAUUAGCAAACUGCGCAGAACUUAAGUAACCAUAUUAAUGUCAUUUUGUAGUGGUUAUUGUAAAGAAAAAUCUAGCAUGAAUACUACUGUGUAUGUUUGUGUUCUAAAAAUAUUGAAAUUAUCAUCACUUAUAUAUGCGUAUGAAGUCAGGCUCACCGCCUGACAAGAUUUGAAGCAAAUUGUUUACCAUCAUUGUAUAUAUAUAUAAUAUAUAUAUAUAUAUAUAUAUAUAUAUAUAUAUAUAUAUAUAUGAGUUACAGUUAAACUUCACAGCAAUAGGGAUAUGAUAAAACGUUCAUGGCCUUCAUUUCAUGCAUACUGUAUUGUAUAUGCUGAAAGUUAAUAUUUAGGCUGUGAUUUACAGUUUAGGCUUAGCAAUCAAUUUCAAUUGUAAUUAACAUACCGGAUUGUAGUCCUG